AUGGUAAAAGUAAAUACCAUCAGCCGAUCAGAUUUGGAAUGGACAAAAGACCGAAACGGGGAGGUUCCGCGAGUGAAUCGCAAUUAUGAUAGCAAAUACAAUCCUAUGUCUAAACAAGUGGAAUUCACGCGCGCCAUUCGUGCGGCAAAGCUCGAUCGCAUGUUUGCAAAACCGUUUGUUGGUGCGCUGUCAGGGCAUCAGGAUACUAUACAGUCAAUUGCUGUCGAUUACACCAGCUUGUCUACUGUUGUUAGUGGAGCAAUUGAUGGUGGUAUGAUUGUGUGGGAUGCUUUCACAAAACGACCCAAGGCAACUAUUGAUGCACAUCGUCAUUCUAUUGAUGGACUUGUUGUGUCUCCUGAUGGUGUUGCUUGCUUUAGUGCUUCUCGCGAUAAGGUUGUUAAAAUGUGGGAUUUAGAUUUCUCUACAGGUGAAUCUAAAGUCGAACCUUUGACCGAAUUUCUCGGAGAGUUUCCGUUUUCUUCUAUUGAUCAUCACUUCCAGAAAUCACUUUUUGUGACUUCUUCUGAUGUUGUGCAGGUGUGGGAUGUGAACAGAACCCAGCCUCUUCAACGUUUUUCGUGGGGUGACGAUACGGUUUCUAGCUGCCGCUUCAAUAAGGUGGAGACAAAUUUGGUGGCAUGCUGCAUGACGGAUCGUGGUGUUUUCAUUUAUGAUACGAGAACACAAGCAGCUCACUCCAAGAUCAUUAUGGAGAUGUGCUGCACUUGUCUUUCAUGGAAUCCUAUGGAUCCGAAUACAUUUGUCGCUGGGAGUGAUGAUCGAAAUUGUUAUCUGUUUGAUAUGCGUGUUCUUGGGCGCCCAAAAAGCGUUUUUCAAGGACAUAUUAAUGGUGUGACAUCUGUUGACUUUUCUCCAACUGGGAAAAAAUUUGUUGCUGGAUCUCUUGAUUGUACUCUGCGCAUGUGGGAUCUUCAUCAAACUACGAAGUCUAACUCUAUUGAGAUGUAUCAUACCAAACGUAUGGCUAAAGUUUUCUCCGUCAAGUGGUCCCCAGAUAGCAGUUAUUUGUAUAGCGGGAGUGAGGAUGCUAUUCUUCGCAUAUGGAAGGCAGAUGCAAGCAAGCCGAUUCGUCCUCUCCGAGGCCCGGAAAAGAAUACUUUCAACUACAUGAGAUCUUUGAAGAAUAGGUAUUCUGGUUUUGUGGAAGUGAAAAGAAUUGUUAAUCAACGGAACACACCGAAAGCUAUCAGUAGAGCCCAGCGUCGCACCAAAAAGGCAGAAAAACGGGAACUUGUUAAGGAAGCGUCCCGGCGAAGGAGUGACGAUAUCAAACCACUUGCAAAACGCAAGGUUUAUCAGUCUCUUAAAUAA